UCGCAGAACGUCACGUCCGCACUUGAACUUGCAGCGCAGGGGGCUUCACUAUACCCCCAUCACUCUCUCUUUGCAAAAAAGUCAUGAAGAGCUCCGCAGAGCCCGCACCGCACUACUCCUCACCCUCUGUAUGAUCAGCAGCUCAUUGCUUUUUUUCCUUGUUGGCUGUCAGACGCAUCAAUGAAGAUAUUUCAUUUGGAGUUUACCUUGUAGGAAAGGAUUUCCCAAUGUGAACUCAGCUGAAAAUCCGUCACUAAACCAACAUGUCUCGCCGCAAGCAGGGCAAACCCCAGCACUUGAGCAAACGGGAGUUUUCGCCUGAGCCGCUCUCAGGUGUUUUACCAGAAGAAGACUCUCAGGACUCCCCCAGCCUGGGAGUGGCUCAGGGCGAGCCCCUAAAAGGGGACCAGGACCUGCUGACCUGCGGCCAGUGCCACUCUCGCUUCCCCUUAGCUGACAUCCUGCUUUUCAUUGAACACAAACGGAGGCAGUGCCACGGUAGCCUCUGUGUGGACAAACCUCUGGACAGGCCACCAUCCUCCCCGCUCGCCUCUCCUCUUUCCACAUCCUCGUCACACUCGCGGACCCACCAUCAGCACCAAAGGAGGGUGCGUCAACCUGUCGAGGUGGCUGUUCAGGUGUCACCGCAGGAUGAGGAUUGUUUAUCUGCACCCUUGCAAGGAAUAAUCCCUAAGCAGGAGAAUAUAACAGAUAAAGAUGAGCCCAGCAGUUACACCUGCACCACAUGCAAACAGCCUUUCACCAGUGCCUGGUUCCUGCUCCAGCAUGCCCAGAACACCCAUGGCUUCCGUAUCUAUCUGGAGAGCGAGCCCGGCAGCCCCCUCACCCCUCGUGUGGCUGCAGCUCCCGGAAUGGGGGGUGACUGUAAUUCCUCCCAGCCCCCCCUUUAUGCUGUACACUUGGCUGAUGGCAGCCCUUACAGCCUCCUGAGAAUGCCGGGUUCUGGGUCUGGUCGGGAUUCAGCGUCCACGCCUCGUGAGGGCCGCUAUCCCCGAACGCCACCGCUAUUCAGCCCACCGCCGCGCCAUCACCUCAGCCCUGAUGACUUAGCCUUGGCAACACACCAUCCCAGUGCUUUUGACCGGGUGAUGAGGCUGAACUCUGUGCCAUUAGAAGCCCCUCAGACCAUGGACUUUUCUAGACGUCUACGUGAGCUGGCCGGAAAUGCCACAGGAGGUUCUCCGCCUCUUUCCCCUAACAGACCCAACCCUAUGCAACGGCUGCUGCAGCCUUUCCAGCCAGGUUCUAAGCCUCCAUUUUCAGCAACACCUCCCCUCUCCACCUCUCAGUCACCUUCUGGCUCACGUUCCACACCUAAUCCUGUAACAAAUGCAGUCCAAUCGACCACCCCUCUCAAAGCAAAAUCUUGUGAGUUCUGCGGGAAGACCUUCAAAUUCCAGAGCAACCUUAUUGUUCACCGGCGUAGCCACACGGGGGAAAAGCCAUUUAAGUGUCACCUCUGUAACCAUGCCUGCACACAGGCUAGCAAACUAAAACGUCACAUGAAGACACAUUGUCAGAGUAAGUCUUCACUCCUUAAUGCCAAGUCAGAUGAUGGUCUUUCAACUGCUAGCUCACCUGAACCUGGUACGAGUGAGCUGAUGGGCAGUGCCACAGAUGCACUCAAGUCAGUGGUGGCUAAGUUCAAAAGUGAGAACAAUGGCCUUCUGCCUGAAAAUGGAGAGGAGGAGGAGGAAGAGGAAGAUGAUGAGGAAGAGGAAGAAGAAGAAGAAGAUGAGGAGGAGGAGGAAGAAGAGGAGGAGGGGGAGGAGGAGGAAAUUGAAAGAAAGCCUGGAGUAGAAGAAGAGGGAAGGAAUGACUACCGAUUUAGCUUGAGGCUUGAAGGGGCUCGCCAUCACCAGAACAGCGAGGCUCUGCACCCACAUCGCCGGAGCUUAUCCAGGGAGCCUAUUGAUGAAAACUCAGCCAUGGAGUCAGACCAGGCAGAUGACGGAACCACUACUACUAUCAAUGGCUUGAGACCUCUAUCUAAUGACAACCUGUCCAGGAAGCUGUUGGGUGGAGGGGUCAGUCCUGGUUCCCUCAGUCCCCUGUCCAAGCGCAUCAAGGUAGAGAAAGACCUUGACCCUCCCACUCCCACAAUCCCAAACACAGAGAACGUCUACUCUCAGUGGCUCGCUGGCUACGCUGCCUCCCGGCAACUCAAGGACCCCUUCAUCAGCUUCACAGGUGGGGACUCCAGACAAUCACCCUUUGCCUCUUCAUCUGAGCACUCUUCAGAAAACGGCAGCUUGCGCUUCUCUACUCCACCCGGUGAACUCGACGGGGAACGUGCCGCAUCAGUACGGAGCGGCACCGGCAGCGGGUCCAGCACUCCCCACGGUGUCAGCGGCAAUGGCAGGCCGAGCUCGAAGGAUGGUCGCCGCAGUGACACCUGUGAAUUUUGUGGCAAGGUGUUUAAGAACUGCAGCAACUUGACUGUGCACCGACGCAGUCAUACCGGAGAGCGGCCCUACAAAUGCGAGCUGUGCAGCUAUGCUUGCGCUCAGAGCUCAAAGCUCACCCGUCACAUGAAGACCCAUGGACAGAUGGGCAAGGACGUGUACAAAUGUGAAAUCUGCCACAUGCCUUUCAGUGUAUACAGCACUCUGGAGAAACACAUGAAAAAGUGGCACAGCGACCGCCCUCUGGCUAAUGACAUUAAGACUGAGUAGGCAAAGAGCAGCAUGCUGGUUGCUCUCUCUCAGCUCCUCUGGCUAAAAAGCAACCCUGGCUAACUAGCCAAUAAGUAAGGGGAAAGGACAACAGGGUUAGACACCAGUACACAGUACAGCCCUGUUUUCAUCCCGACUGGAAGAAGCUAGAUGCAUGAUCCAUUACCGGGGCAAUACUAUUGCAUCACACUUAAAACUUUUUGAGCCUUUCUAUUGUGCAAUAAUUUACACGUUUUGUAUUUUUUGUAACUGGACAGCAUGCUCUGUGUGUUUUGGCUACCUAGAGAGAAAAUUGUCCUCAGCUGGUGGGUUUGGUUGUACAUGUGUUGCUGUUUAUACUUUUGAUUUCUUCAAC